GAGUAAAUGGAUGUGUGUUAUCUGUGAAGAUAUGACAUUUGAUAAGAGGUGGUUCCUGGAGAGACACAUACUAGAAAGACACUCAGACUUUGCCUGGAAGUGUCCAGAAUGCAAGAAAUUAUUCCAAAGACGGAAUUCAAGCCAUGGAUGCAAGGUUCUAGAAAGCCAGAUGAUAUGCUUUCAGAACAGCUCCGGACGUAGGGGAAAAGAGGCGGAAGAAGAUUUUGAAAAGUUUAGAACUGAGGAAAUGCCAAAGAAAAUCAAAUUAGUAGAUGGUAAUGGGAAUGAGAUCGAACUGGCACCCAGACGUAAUAGAUAUGCCAAAUCAGAGAUGGGCGAAACCAGCUAUAGAACCACUGGUACUAAUAAAGGAGUGGAGUGGAAGAAGAGAGGAAGCUCAUUGAUGGAAACAUCGAGAAAAAGAACUGAUAGAUCUGACAUAGAAGAGAACAAAGAAAAUAGCAACCUCUCCGGGCCAACUCCUGCAAAGAUUUGUAAACCAUCAGAGACAAAAGAACAAAGGCUGAAGAAAAUAAAAGAAGUACUACAAGAUCUUAUGAGUGAGAAUGGGGAAACCAUAACCAUAUCGGUAGAGCCAGAGGCAGAUAAAGUAGAGGGAAAUACAAGCAGCCAAUUGUUAGAGGAAGAAGUCGAGCUGCAUGUAUCAGAAACUGAAGUGAAGACGUUAGAGAAAGCAGACAACUAUAACAAGAGUUCCUCCUCCUCAACAACCUCGUCAGGAACGUCGUCUAGCUCUUCUAACUCCUCAAGGACAGUAAAGAAACCAACUCCAGAUAGUAGACCACAAAAUACGGAGAACGUUGUAGAAGAACCUGUAGAGACCGAAAUCGAUCCAAUCAGGAAUGUUGAAUUUUCUGCUAAAACAGAAUUGGUAGAGACCUUCUUACAGUCCCUACAGGACACACAAGAAAACACACUUACCCUCAAUGUUGGAGGGAUGAAGAUAGAAACAAGUAAAAACACACUCAGAGCAGAUCCUUCAUGUGUAUUUGCAUUAAUGCUGCAACCGUUAAGUCCAUUCCGACCAUCAAACAAUGUGUAUUUCUUUGACCGAGAUCCAGCUCACUUUAAGAUCAUUCUUAAUUAUUUAAGGAACAAUUGCAACGUAGAAAAAAGAUAUCUACCUAGAGAACACAUAUAUCUGUAUGAGUUAUUACAGGAGGCAAAGUUUUACAAACUGUCAGGGCUUGUUUCCAUAGUACAGGAGAGAUUGAAUGACUUAUGUGCAUGCAGACUCAGUAGUUUUUAGACUUUGUUGUUAAAUUUGUUGUAGUUUGAUGUUUGUUGCUAAUAUGUUUAGUAAAAUUUAUCUUGGGAAUGAAAUGAUAUCUUUGUUGUUAAAUCCACAUAGUACAGGCAUACUGUCAGCUGAAAAAAAAAUACAGCUACUUUGAUGAGUUUUUCCUAAGCUGUAUCAAUAAGCUUACUAAGCUCAUAUAUUUGGGGACCAAAUCCUUAAGGAAGGGGGCAAUGUUAUGCCGGCUCCCCGUAGCUAUUCAGUUUCUAAUAUGCAUGUAUGUUGUUGUUAUGAUCCAUGAUCAGAAGUUG